AUUGAUCAAAAGGCAAUAUGGCCGCCAAGUAGAAAGGUCGACAAUCUGUUUCGUAAAAACCUUCUGAUUUCUCAAAAUGUUCAACUGUGUUGACGCCUAUAUUAUGGAAUGACAGCUCUGUAACAUUCCAGUUUUCGAGUGGUGUAUUCAAAUAAGAUUAUUUUUACCGAGGUAGCUGAGCUUUUUGUGCGAUUUUUCUACCCAGCUGUCAUCGUUGACGUUGAGCCGGUGUUUACUCCUCAGUGUUUAGCAACCGCGAAGCUCAACAUAGCACACAAGGCAAGGCCAGGGACUGAUCAACUGUGCUGUGUUGCACUGUCACGGUCAGACACGCGGUUGAAUAACCUGAAUUGGAGGCAUUCGUUUGGACAUAAGCUUGUCAGCUGGGUGUGAACAUUCACUUUAGUAGUGCCGGCAUACUCGGCAUAGCUGAGCAUGGCCGAGGCCGUGAAAGUCAUCGUGCGAUGUCGGCCCAUGAACGAGAGGGAGAAGUCGCUAGGAUGCAGCCCGGUGGUUCAGAUGGAAGGAGGGCGGGGCUACUGCUCCAUUCAGAAACCUAAGACCAAGGACCCACCCAAGAGUUUCACCUUCGACGGUGCUUACUACGUGGACUCCACCACCGAGACCAUCUACAAUGACAUAGCAUACCCGCUUGUCGAUGGCGUGUUGGAGGGUUACAAUGGCACCAUCUUUGCCUAUGGCCAGACAGGAUGCGGCAAAUCCUUCAGCAUGCAGGGCAUCACGGAUCCAGCCACUCAACGAGGGAUUAUACCACGGGCCUUCGAACACAUCUUUGAGAACAUACAGGUUACAGAAGGUGUCAAGUUUCUGGUGCGGGCCUCCUACCUGGAGAUUUACAAUGAAGACAUCAGGGAUCUACUCGGGAAAGAUCACAAGGCCAAGCUGGAAUUGAAGGAGCACCCUGACAGAGGAGUCUAUGUCAAAGAUUUGACCAUGCACAUCGUGCACAACACGCAGGAGUGCGAGCAUAUCAUGGACUUGGGUUGGAAGAACCGUUCCACGGGGUCAACGCUGAUGAAUGCCGACUCCUCCCGUUCUCAUUCCAUCUUCACCAUCCACAUCGAGCGCUGUGACUUGGACGAUUCUGGGGAGGACCAUCUGCGGGCCGGCAAGCUGAACCUGGUGGAUCUGGCUGGCAGUGAGAGACAAGCUAAAACUGGAGCGACCGGUGAUCGUCUGAAGGAAGCCACCAAGAUCAACCUGUCCCUGUCUGCUCUGGGUAACGUCAUCUCGGCCCUGGUGGACGGCAAAUCCAAGCACAUACCCUACAGAGACUCCAAGCUGACUAGGCUGCUACAAGAUUCCCUCGGUGGCAACACCAAGACCCUAAUGGUGGCCUGCCUCUCCCCGGCCGACAACAACUACGACGAGACGCUGAGCACGCUCCGCUACGCCAACCGCGCCAAGAACAUCAAGAACAAGCCCAAGAUUAACGAGGACCCGAAGGACGCCCUCUUGAGGCAGUACCAGGAGGAGAUCAACAAGCUCAAGGCCAUGCUGAUGGGUGAGAUGCCAAUCCCUGCCGAGGGCUUCGAAGGUUUUGGUAUGCCAGCGGGUACUUUUAAGCCGCCCCCCAAGCCCGCCAUCACCGAUGCCCCCACGGCCGACAGCGAGGCACCGAGGGUCUCGUCGGCAGAAAUUGCGUCCGAGAUUGACGCAGAGAGGGAGCGAAUCAGGCAGGAGUAUGAAGAGAAGAUCGCGGCCAUGUCGGCCAAGUAUGAGGAGGAGCAGUCCAAUAAGAACAAGUUGCAACAGGACAUCGAGCAGAUGAAGAAAUACUAUGAAGGAAGGAUGGAAGAGGUGCCUGAUGCUGUCAGGCAUAACGCCCACAUGUCAGAGACUUCGGCAGUUGGAGGGGAUGAAGCGAGCGCUCUUCGUUCGGAGAGUCACAAGCAACUGGACGGAGAAGGACAGCAGCUCAUGACCAACCACGCCAUCCCAAGAGAACAGGGUGAGUCCUACGAUGACUUUCCGCCCCAGGGUGAUAUGGAACCUGCCGAUGAGGGUCCGUCGGCGCCCACAGCCUCCCCGACCCUACCCCGCAAAGACACCUCCCAAGCCCUGGACCAGAACGAAGCGCUCAAAAGACUGCAGCAGCUGGAGCACGAGAUGGUGGGCGGCGAGCGAGCCACCGACGAGAACCUGAAGGAAAAGCGGCGCCGGAAGCUCAAACACGCCGAGGUGCGCAAGCUGCAGCUGGCCAAGGCCAUCGCCAAGAUGGACGAUGACGGCAUCAUGCUGAACAUCUACAGCAACAUCGAGGAGGAGCUGAAGGCCAAGAAUAAACUACUGGAGGCGGAGAGGGAAAAGGUCCGUGUGUCUGAGUGUGAGAUCUCCGACCUGAACAGCGAGUUUGAGUUUGAGCGCAUUGACUACCUGGACACCAUCCGCAAGCAGGAGAAACAGAUCAAGAUGUUCAGCCAGAUCCUAAACAAGGUGCAUCCCUGCCUACGACGGGACUGUAACUAUUACAACCUGGACAAGGUGAAGGCAGAGAGCAGCUGGGAUGAGGAGGAAGGGAGAUGGAAGAUUCCAGAGUUGAUCAUCUCCAGGGACAAGCUGCCCGCAGCAGGCAGCGUCAUGCCCGGGGGACGCCCCCCUAUGCCUGGCCGGCCAGGCCACCACGCACCAGGACCACACGCCAGCAGGCAAGACCACUCCCAUGUGAACGGCUACCCCAUGGGUGGUACGGAGCUGCCGGAAGAGGAUAGAUACUUACAGAAACUGAGUCGUUCCUCGCAUGACGCUGCUGUUGAUUACUUUAAACCUAAACGGGCCAAUCAGCUGUUGGGUAGCACUAGCCACACCCACGAAUCCAAUUACCACAUCCCUCCCGUCGAUCACCAACAAUUGAAAGGUUCGUCCGUUGCCCUCGCGUCGGCCAAGGACCUUCACGGACCCACCACCACACAGGCAGACAUGCAUCUACGAAGACCCCAACGCCUAGAGGCUCUGCAACAUGGCAAGGGCAAGAAAGGCAAAAAGAAACAUCUCAACUCCCUGGAACCUAUAUGAAGGGGGGAGAGAGAGGAACCAAACGUCUUGGGUUGACUCAUGUGUGAGGGACUGCCACCCCCAUUGCAAAAAUGGUACAGUCCUGAUGAGGAUUAUGUUAUGGAAAGCAGGGUUAGGUUUAGUCUGUACAUGUAGUCUAGUACCCAGUAUCCGUGUGUAUUACUCUUACGGCUCUAUUUUGUGAUGUUGUUCAAGAUACUUCUAUAAUCAAGACAUGGAUGAUUAUUGUUUGAACCCACAUUGCAAAGUUACUUACAAAACACAAAAGCUCAAAGUAACUUAAAUAUUGGGUAGCUCCAGGGUUCAACCUUAGCGGUAGCCCGCUAGCCAAAUGUGAGUCAAAACAGCAGCAGGCUAAUCAAAACUGUUCUCUAGAAGCCUGCCUGGUGAGUCGAAAUUAUUGAGUUAACGUAAGAAACUUUUCUGUGUAGCCGUGGAUUUCCGGAUUUUUUUUUUAAGGCGGCCUGAGAAAAAACUAUUCAGAUAUUGACGCUUAUGCGGCUUUUUUCAUGCCGUCGUGCUGCCGAAUAUCGUUAGUGUAUAAAUUAAUAUAGAAAAGAAGACCAAGAAAUGACAAAGAAAAACAAAAAUUAUAUUGCAGACUAGCGAAAAGGUCCUUGGGCUAGUUAAGAGUCUGGUUCACUAGUCCGGCUGGCUAGUGGGGAAAAAAAGAUAAGGGCGAACCCUGGUGGUUCAUCAAAUGUUGGCGAAGUAAAGGAUGCUAGUCAAAAUCAGCAAACACAGACCAAAAUGGUUUGUGUAGAUCCUGAUGCAAAAUGUCAACCUCAAGCACUGUCCAUUUAUACCUCAUCGUGAGUAAAUGACUAUUACAUAGUAUGCUUUGAGAAUCUCUCUCUCUCUCCAAAAAUGAAUAAAUUGUAUGGGUAUCUGCCCAUGCUUGCCCUUGUCUUUAAUGUAGGAUAUUAUAUCUGUGCAAUUUUAGUAAUAAGCAAAGUGAGUGGUGGAUAAAAACAUUAAUGAUUUACUUGUGAAUGUGUCAGUUUUUAAUUACAUCGGGUGAGAUGUGCUGUUUUGGGGUAUAAUUUUUGUGC